GCAUGUAUCUCCUCUUCCUUCAGUUGCUUGUGCUUUUGCCUCUGGGGAAGGCAGGCCGAUGUUCAGGUGGCUGCAGGAGUCAGAGUCCCUUUUCCUUUGUGCUCCUAGAGAGGGGUCGCAGAGAUCUCCACACGGCUAGCCAAGAGGAAGCAGAAGACAGGCCAGAUCUGUUUGUCGCAGUGCCACACCUCAUAGGUGCCAGCCUGGCUGGGGAAGGCCAGCGGCAGAGAGAGGAGAUGCUGUCCAGGCUUGGAAGACUCUGGAAGAAACCCGAGAUAGAACUUCACCCCAGGAAGGAUGUGGAAAAUGAUCACGUCCCAUUGGGGGUUCAGGCCUUCCCUCAGUCAGCAGCUGAGAGGAAAGUGGAGAGGUCACCUCUACAGGAGGAAGCCAAGAAAUUCUGGCAUCGCUUCAUGUUCAGAAAGGGUCCAGCAUCCCAGGGGGUCAUCUUGCCCAUCAAAAGCCAUGAAGUACAUCGGGAGACCUGCAGGACGGUGCCCUUCAACCAGACAAUUGCCCACGAAGAUUGUGAAAAAGCUGUUGUCCCAAACAACCUUUGCUUUGGGAAAUGCGGGUCCAUUCAUUUUCCCGGAGCCGAGUCACAUCGCUACAACUUCUGCUCCCACUGCUCGCCCACCAGAUUCACCACCAUGAGCUUGAGGCUGAACUGCACUGGCUCAACCCCCGUGGUCAAGAUGGUGAUGCAAGUGGAAGAAUGCCAGUGUCUGACAAAGACCGAGCAUGGAGAGAGGCACUUCCCACUGGCGGGGUCCCAGGAGCCUUUCGUCCCUGGACUUUCAGAUUCAAAAGCCAUCCCAUGAUUUCUCCUGGAAACAGAAUCUCAACAGAAAAAGCGGUUUCAUAAGGGGAAACAGGCCCACCCCCAUUUUAUCCCCACUUGUGUUUAGACAGUCUUAUGUCUUCGUUGUGGUUACAUAAAGGGAAAGUAGCCCCUCCCCCAUUUUUUCCACUCGUGUUCAGACAGGGUCUUAUUAUUCUGGGCUGGCCUCAAACUUGUUAUAUGGCUAGGGAUAACUUUAAGCUCUGGGUCCACUUCCUGUGCGUUGGGAUUUCAGGCGUACACUGUAACACCUAGCUCUCAGUUAAAGGGAUUUCUAAAAGGAUUCUGCAUGCUUCCAAGCUGCCUGUGAGAUUUAUGAAAUAUUUUGAUUCUAGUGAAUGACUCUUGCCAUAGAUGUGGGAAGCAGCUUGUUUAAUGGCCCAUGUUUUUUUUUCCCUUUUUGUACUCCCUACAUGAAGUUUGUACUGUUGGUUACCUGACUUUGAAGAAGGGAGACUGAUGCUACUCUUAGAAGUUUACACACAGAGGGAUCUCAGGAACCAAACCGUUUCCUGGAGUAUGAGGAAAAUGGGUGUACAGUAUUAGGGUCAAGCCCCACUCCCCGUGGAAGUUACUAAGAAACUCAUUAAGUCUCAAAUACA